GCUGAUUGGUUAUUUCCUUGAUGGACACACCUUCAAACCAAUUGCUGUCGCCGUCUGGCUGAAGCUAACGACAAACGCACGACCUCAUAACUUUGUAACUAGUAGGCUAAUAUCGUCAACAAUUAAUACUAAAAGAUGUCCCGGGAACAGCUGGCUGUACAGCAGGCCAGGAAGUCCUUCCAGACAGGGAAGAGCAAGCCUCUGGAGUACAGGAUCCACCAGCUGAAGAGCCUGCUCCGCUUCAUCACAGAGAGACGCAGGGACAUAGCAGAUGCUGUCAAAAAGGACCUCGGCAGGAGUGCAAAUGGGACGGAGCUGUUUGAGACCCUGGGACUGGAGGGAGAGAUCAAGCUGGCUAUAGGGAAGCUGGCAGAGUGGGCGGCUCCUCGGCCGGUGGAGAAGAACCUCCUCACCAUAUCAGAUGAGGUCUACGUGCAGCCGGAGCCUCUGGGGGUGGUGCUCAUCAUCGGGGCCUGGAACUACCCCUGGGCCAUCACCCUGCAGCCGCUGGUGGCAGCCAUCGCUGCUGGUAAUGCAGCAAUAAUAAAGCCGUCAGAGGUCAGCUCUAACUCUUCCAAGGUCAUGGAGGAACUCCUCCCUCAGUAUCUAGACAAAGAUCUGUUCCCUGUGGUGACGGGCGGAGUGUCAGAGACCCAGGAGCUGCUGAAGCAGAGGUUUGACCACGUCUUCUACACAGGCAGCAGCUCCGUGGGUAGAAUAGUGAUGGAGGCCGCGGCUCGCCACCUCACCCCAGUGACCCUGGAGCUGGGGGGGAAGAGCCCCUGUUACAUCGACAAGAACUGUGACAUCAGCAUGGCAUGCCGUCGCAUCACCUGGGGAAAGUUUGUAAACUGUGGCCAGAUGUGCAUCGCUCCUGACUUCGUCCUCUGCGAACCCUCCAUCCAGAGCAGAGUGGUGGAAGAGAUCAAGAAAUGCAUCAAGGAGUUUUACACAGAGAAUCCCGAAACCUUUGAGGACUACGGACGCAUUAUAAACCAGCAUCACUUUAAGAGGCUCAUGGGUCUGAUGGAGGGGAGCACAGUGGCUGUGGGUGGAGGCAGCGAUGAAUCCCAGUGCUAUAUAGCCCCCACUGUGUUGCAGGAUGUGACGGGGGAGUCCAAAGUGAUGAAGGAGGAGAUCUUUGGGCCGCUGCUGCCCAUCAUCACUGUGAGCGGUGUGGACGAGGCCAUCCAGUUUAUUAACGAGAGAGAAAAACCUCUGGUCUUAUACGUCUUCUCCAACAACAACAAGCUGAUCAAAAGAGUGAUAGCAGAGACGUCCAGUGGAGCUCUGCUAGCUAACGACUGUCUGGUGCACUUCACUGUUAGCGCUCUGCCUUUUGGAGGAGUUGGUAACAGCGGUAUGGGAUGCUAUCACGGCCUGCACGGUUUCAACCAGCUCAGCCACCUGCGAAGCUGUCUGAUCAAGCAGCUGAAAAUGGAGGCAUUCAACAACAUGCGCUACCCCCCCCACACAGACAAAAAGCUGGGCUGGGCACGCUUCUUUCUGCUCAAGCAGCUGAACGUGGGCCGGCUGCGGCGCAUGGCCCUGCUGGCCGCGCUGGCCGGCCUGGCAGCGUUUGUGGUGCAGAGGUUCCUGCAGUGGGGCUGAGGAGCAGUUUGACUC